CCGAGGUGGCGAGACCGUUAAGCAUACGCUGGUCUGCGGCGAGGAAGGUGGCCGUGGUGAUGGUGCGAGACCUUGUCUUCAGGUGGGCAUUGCGCAUCCAAUGCCUGGACUGUUUAGCGAAGCGCAUACACAGGCCUUCCCCUGGGUCAGAAAGAAUAUUUGGGCCAGUCGAUAUCAUGAAGAAGAGCUGAGGGGAUCCUCUGCUUACAACGGUGUUGACCUUUCUGAUCCCGUGGUUGACUUCAGCAGGUUCGUUAGUGACAAUGAAUCUCUGGUAAACAAGGUAAGUACAGCCCCUCCGCCUAAAGUGAACAGUUUAAUGAAUUUCCGGAAGGUAAAUUCGACGUCCCAGCGCAGCGCCUGUAAACUAGAGCCAGGUGCAAAACUGAGUCAAGAAACUGUAUGA